GAAGAGGGAGAGUCGAAAGGAGAAUAUGUGUGGGAUCGCGCUGAUCAUCCGUGGCAUUCGUAUCGACCUAUCGGCUACCCUCCUUCAUUCUCAAUCUCCUGCUCCUAACCCUGAGCCGGUAAGCAGUUCAAAUUUUGUGUUUUCCGUCGAUGCUCUAGAAGCAGCUCUCCGGCGACGAGGCCCUGAUAGCUUGGGGACUAAGAAGGUCGUAAUUUCUGCCGGGGAUCAAGAAUUGUUCUCUGCCAUCGACGACGAAGAUUGCCGUGCGAGACUGUUAUGUUGUGCAAAUAGAGAAACUUGUUCGCGAGUUCCAUAUGCUGUUGGCCAAUUGCACUUUAUUGGCGCCACAUUGCAGCUUAGAGGAAGAACUGCUGUAACUCAGCCAUUCGUUGAUUCCUCCGGCGAUAUUCUUAUUUAUAAUGGUGAAAUUUUUGGAGGAAUUAAUGUUGAAAGUGAUAGCAAUGAUGGUGAAAUUCUCAUGCGAACUCUGGGAAGCUGCUGCUCCUGCAGUUCUCGAGAACAUGCAAGUGCUUGCUCCAGCAAUGGAAAAGGGAGAACUUCUGUUCUAGAUGUUCUUUCAACAAUCAAGGGCCCAUGGGCUGUAAUCUAUUGGCAGGAUAAUUCAAGAACACUGUGGUUUGGUCGGGAUGCAUUUGGUAGGCGUAGCCUUCUUGUUCAUUGGCCAACCAUGAAGGACUCUCGGUUUCUGCUAUCUUCUGUAUCACCAUUUUCUUCUGUUGAUCGGAGUUCUGAUCUUGGAGUUGAAGAUAGUACAAGCCCCAGUUUUUGGGAGGAGCUUUCUUGUGGUGUAUACAGUUUAUCAAUGAGUACUUCAGAACUGUAUGGAUGUCUUGUUGGUGAAAUCAAGAAACACGAAUGGGCUAAUACAGGGCUAAUAGACCUGAUUAAAUGGGAGAGGGUUUCUGUUGAACCUAACCCAGAAGACAUAUAUUUUUCAUGUGGGCCUGAUCAAAGCUCUGUGUCAUUGCCUGCCCAAAAUGUGUUAAAUGCUUUAAGGAGAUCCGUGAUGCUGCACACAUCUGUGCAUAAAAUUUUUCAGGUAGAAACAUCUGAUACUGGAAAACAGGAACUUGUUCCAGUGGCAAUCCUGUUUUCUGGUGGUUUGGAUUCUAUGAUCCUUGCAGCAUUAUUGGAUGAGUGUCUAGAUACCAGCUAUGGAAUUGAUUUACUUAAUGUGAGCUUUGAUGGUCAGUUUGCUCCUGAUAGAAUAUCUGCCAAGGCAGGAUUUGAGGAACUUAGAAGAAUUGCACCAUUGAGAAGGUGGAAACUUGUAGAGAUUGAUGCUGAUUUGUCAAAGUUGACUUUGGAAAUGAAGCAUGUUAUGUCUCUCAUUAACCCUGCAAAUACUUAUAUGGACCUGAAUAUAGGAAUUGCUUUAUGGCUGGCUGCAAGUGGUUAUGGUUGGGUCUCUGAAGGAACUAGCAAUAACAAUGAUGAUGAGAAUCAACAGCGCAUUAGAUACAAAUCCAGUGCCAGAAUUGUCCUGGUUGGCUCUGGUGCUGAUGAGCAGUGUGCUGGAUAUGGAAGGCAUAAAACAAAAUACAGAUGUGGAAGUUGGCUUGGGCUCAAUGAGGAGAUGAAGUUGGACAUGCAAAGAAUAUGGAAGCGAAACAUGGGGAGAGAUGAUAGAUGCAUUGCUGAUAAUGGGAAGGAGGCUAGAUUUCCUUUCUUGGAUGAAGAUGUUAUUAGGACUAUUCUUGAUAUUCCUUUAUGGGAGGUUGCCAACCUUAAUCAACCCAGUGGGACUGGUGAUAAGAAGAUCCUGAGAGAGGUUGCAAAAAUGCUUGGUUUACAUGAGGCAGCAGUUCUUCCGAAACGAGCAAUCCAGUUUGGUUCAAGAAUAGCAAGGGAAUCCAACCGAAAGAAUUUUGGGAGUAAUCGUGCAGCCAACCAGGCAUCUGCCGGAAGUGUAGUGAUAAAUAUGUCAUAGCAUAUAUAAAUUUACUAUCAGUACUUGGUACUGCAAAUCUUGAUGGCAGCUCCAAGUCAUGUGUUCCUCUGAUCCUAAAACUGUGGCCAACAGUGGAUGGAGUGAUGUCGACUGCUAUCCCGCGGCGGCACUUUUUCGGUGAACAUUUUUGCACAUUUUUCUGUCAAUGGAAUUGGAAGGCACCAGAGACAUGCCGGUUGUGCUUUUGAUUCUUUGAAUUGGCUUUUGACAAGAAUUUGGGCAAUCCAGUAUUACUGCUUGACUGAAUCUAGUGCCUAUCACGACAGCAAGUGUUCCAGGAAUUUCAGGUGUUAACAUUUGGAUGUUAUGAAAUUUUUUCCAUCAUUUAACAUGAAUCAAAACUCAAGCAGACAUGGUCCCUGAACAUUCGGAAAAAUCUGCAUUUAUAUAUUGAUGAUGAUCUCCUUAGAGGACGUUUGUCAUAUCUUAUAAAAAUUAAUUUACAAGUAUUCAGUAUUUUUAAA